GGAAAAAUGGACUAUGAUUUCAAAGUGAAGCUGACCGGCGAGCGAGAGCGUGUCGAGGACCUGUUUGAGUACGAAGGAUGCAAAGUGGGCAGAGGCACCUAUGGUCAUGUUUUCAAGGCGAAGAGAAAAGAUGGGAAGGACGAUAAGGACUACGCCCUCAAGCAGAUUGAAGGCACCGGCAUUUCCAUGUCGGCAUGCAGAGAGAUCGCGCUGCUGCGAGAGCUGAAGCACCCCAACGUCAUCUCGCUGCAGAAGGUUUUCCUGUCGCACGCCGACCGGAAAGUGUGGCUGCUCUUCGACUACGCCGAGCACGACCUUUGGCACAUCAUUAAGUUCCACAGAGCGUCCAAGGCCAACAAGAAGCCACUUCAGCUUCCCAGAGGGAUGGUCAAGUCCCUGCUCUACCAAAUCCUGGACGGCAUCCAUUACCUCCACGCAAACUGGGUCCUCCACAGAGACCUCAAACCAGCUAACAUUUUAGUGAUGGGGGAAGGGCCGGAAAGGGGCAGGGUAAAGAUAGCUGACAUGGGCUUCGCCCGUCUUUUCAAUUCACCGCUGAAGCCUUUAGCCGAUCUCGACCCAGUGGUCGUCACGUUUUGGUACAGAGCGCCCGAAUUGCUGCUGGGGGCCCGGCACUACACCAAAGCCAUCGACAUUUGGGCGAUAGGCUGCAUCUUUGCCGAGCUGCUGACGUCCGAGCCCAUAUUCCACUGUCGCCAGGAGGACAUCAAGACCAGUAACCCUUACCAUCACGACCAGCUGGACCGGAUCUUCAAUGUCAUGGGCUUCCCAGCUGAUAAAGACUGGGAGGACAUCAAAAAGAUGCCCGAGCACUCGACGCUGAUGAAAGAUUUUAGGAGGAACACGUACACAAACUGCAGCCUUAUCAAGUACAUGGAGAAACACAAAGUCAAGCCAGACAGCAAAGCGUUCCAUUUGCUGCAGAAGCUGCUGACCAUGGACCCCAUCCGCAGAAUCACGUCGGAGCAGGCCAUGCAGGACCCCUACUUUUUGGAGGAGCCCCUGCCCACGUCCGAUGUGUUUGCAGGCUGUCAAAUUCCUUACCCGAAGAGGGAAUUUCUGACAGAGGAGGAGCCGGAUGACAAGGCAGACAAAAAGAACCAGCAGCAGCAACAGGGAAACAACCACACGAACGGGGCGGGGCACACCGGCAACCCCGACAACAGCCACGCGCAGGGCCCGCCUCUGAAGAAAGUGCGCGUGGUCCCGCCCACCACUACCUCAGGUGGCCUCAUCAUGACCUCAGACUACCAGCGCUCCAAUCCACAUGCUGCCUACCAGAACCCUGGACCAAGCACAUCACUGCCCCAAAGCAGCAUGGGAUACUCCUCUACCUCCCAACAGCCUCCGCAGUACUCCCACCAGACCCACCGCUACUGAGCGCACCCGCACGUUGCCACACAAAUGCCCACACACACACGUGGCCACCCCCACCCCCACCACACCCCACGCUCCUACACCCAUCACGCUCAUUACGGCUGCCGGAAAGAAUGUACUGAGGGACGUGGGGCAACCCUCUCCGCUGCAGUCCCCCCUCUCCCCUUGUGAAGAUGUUCAGCAUAGCGCAAGUGUUAGCCACGCUGCUAUUUAGCAAAAAUCCAACAAGUGAUAAAUAAGCGCAGGGACGGAUGGCGACGAGCCCAUGAACCCCCCCCUCCCCUUUUUUUUUUUUUUCCACACACGUCCCUCCUCCCGACACGCCCCGACCUAGCCAGUAGCUCCGUCACUGUCAAAAGCUCUGGACGAGACUGAAAAGCUGCUAUUUGACUGCCAGCGUCGACAGAUUCCACAUCCCGUCUGUCCUCCCGUGUGUCUCGUCUGUCGUCUGUUACCCCCACCCCCCCCCCCUCCCCCGCCCGUGUGGCCACCCCGCCCGGCCGAGAACUGAACUGAGGCGCCGUGAGGACGGCGUAGCCGCACAACCGUGGAGUUUUCUUUGUUUUGUUUUGUAUUUUUUUGUGUUGUUCAGAAAGGACAAAGAAAAAAAAAGUGGCAAUGAUUUUAGUCAUUUUUAAUUUAAUCCGUUAUUGAUUAUGGCGAAGCAGCCCGACUGGGCUGUGAAAAGUCUACACACCUCUGUUCCGAUGCCGGCUUUUUGCGAUGGUUAAAAAAAAAAAUGGAGACCAAGAUUUAUGUCAAAAACCUUUUACGCUGUUCAUGACCUAUAACCUGUACAACUGAAUGAAAAUAUGUAUUUUCAAGAGUGGAAGUCAAACUGAAUAAAUGUCUGGAAUCAUUUUAUCAGGGGCGGCACGGCGGGUGAGCUGGUAAAAGCGUUGGCCUCGCAGUUCUAAGGACCCGGGUUCGAUCCCAGCCCUGCCUGUGUGGGUUUUCUCUGGGUGGGACACUCUAAAUUGCUCGUAGGUGUGAUCGUGCGUGCGCCUGUUUGUCUCUAUAUGCCCUCCUAUUGGCUGGCGACCAGUUCAGGGUGUACCCCGCCUCCUGCCCGUUGACAGCUGGGAUAGGCUCCGGCACUCCUCGUGAGGAUAAGCUGCAAAGGAAAUUGAUGGAUGGAUAAUAUGGUUCCACAAGUGUGCGCAACCGCCUAAGCAAUGACAUUCAGACUCAUUAAACGGGAUUAAGCACACACCCGAUUGCCAUUUUAAGUGCUGCUGAUUAAACCCAAAUAAAGUUCAGAUGUUCUAGUAGGAUUUUCCUGACAGGUUUUGUUUUGUUUUUUGCUUUCUAGAAGAAGCCUGGAGAUUUUGUAUGAAUACUGACUGUUAUUUCAAAAUGUUCAGCAUUCCCUCCACCUUGGUUACCAUCAUCUUCACCGUUUCUAUGCUCUAAUGAGAAGUGUUGCGUGCAAAAAAAAAAAAAAAAAAAAGAAUUGGUUUUUAUCGCACGAUGUGGUAUUUUCCCCCCUUACAAAUUUCUCUAACGUUCCAUCUUGCCACUUUAUCCCAUAGCUCAUAUGUUAUGACAGAUUGUCCCACGUAGAAAACAAUCUGUGCUUUCUAGAAAUUUCCACAGCUCUUUUCAGUGCUAACAGACUCAUAAGCCCUGCACAGUUUUCCUUAUAUUUUUAUCAAUUGUAUGGGAUAUAGGUCACAUUACGUGUGCAAAAAGGUUUGAAAUGAUUUACUUGGUGUCAUUUUUUUUCCUAUUUCACAAAUACAUGGCAUUUGAACGGGGAUGUAAAGAUGAUACAUCUACGUAGGCCGCGGGCCUUAACAAAUCCAACCGAUCGCAUGGAGGAAGGCAGACGGAAUUGCAUUGUACUGUAUUGUAUUGAAAUAUUUUGCAUAAAGGAAGUAUCCUGACAAUAAGAGUGGAAGCGGCAGCUCUUUUGGGUUACGUAAAGUUUCGACGUAACGACUGUGUGCGCCGUUCUGCCGCGGCCUCUCCGGGCUGCACGUCACAUUCAAUCAUAAUAAUCGUUUUUAAUGUUUGACUGCGAGUGUAUCUAGCGUGACAUGAACUUGAAAACCAUAAAUAUGGGGUGCAAUUAUCCGCCAUUAUUAUUUGGGGACAAGUACCAAGCAGUGUUGAGGCCCUGUUGAAGUUGAUGUUAUUAUUAAUAACACUAGUUUGACUGGUGGACAUGAAAU